GGCCCUCAUGAACAAAGAGCUAUCCAAAUCCAAAUCCUCCAAGUCCUCCGCCCCCGACGAAAAGAAAUACCUCAAGCGCUCCGAAGUAGAAGCCGAACGCAAAGCCACCUACCUAGCCGAGCAAAAGGCCCUCGAAGCCGAACGCGCAUCCAAGGCCGAAGCGAAGCGCAAGCGCGAGGAGGAAGUCGCCGCCGAAAACGCCCUUCGCGAGGACAAGCGCCGCAAACUUGCCGAAGAAUCGCGCAAGAGGCAACAAGAGAAGGAAUUCGAAGAAGAGCAGGCUAGGAGGAAGAGGCUCGGCCUGCCGGAACUCGUCAGGGGCGAUGAAAACGGCGACGAGAAGAACGGCGACGCGGCAGACGAUAUCCCAGAUGACGAGCUGAAAGAGAAACUCAGGGCGCUGGGACACCCGGCGAUAUUAUUUGGGGAAUCACAUGCAGCGCGGCUGAGACGGCAUAAGAAGCUCACUACGGUGUUGACAAAGGGACCUAUACCGACGACGCUGCAGCUGGUGGAGGAGAAGGACAUGAAGGUCGACGGCACGCUGCCAAAGGACAAGGAGGGCCGCCAGUGGCUGUACAGACAGCUGGCCAGUUACUUUACCAUGGUGCUCACGGCAUACGAAAAGGCAAUGGAGGAAGAGAAGCGGGAGACGAGCAACAGCAAGAUGGCCUACAGCGCCAUGGUCCAAACCCGCGAAAACAUGAAGCCACUCUUCCGCAAGUUCGAAUCCGGCGACCUCGACGACUCCCUCCUCCAACCCAUCAUCGAAAUCGUCCAAGCCCUCCAGGAGCGCCGCUACGUCGACGCCAACGACGGCUACCUCCGCCUCAGCAUCGGAAAAGCAGCCUGGCCCAUUGGAGUCACCAUGGUGGGUAUCCACGAGCGAAGUGCGCGUGAGAAGCUGCACGAUGGAGAAAAGGGCCACGUCAUGGGCGACGAGGUGACGCGAAAAUACCUGCAGAGCAUUAAGCGCUGUCUUACCUUUGCGCAGGUGCGGUGGCCGCCCGAGGAUUUGAGGCAGUUGAUGGGGUGAUUUUCGUGGUUUAUGGACUGAAGUAAGGGGCUGGGAAGAGAGGGACACGACGAAAUGGUUUAGGCGUGGCUAUACCGUGCUGGAACUGCAGUGGUGUAAGUGUAAUAGGAUAUGAUACCCGUCUCAAUUGGACAAUAUACACAAACAAGAAUGCAUAUAGUACGAGGCGUCACUAAGCGAAACAUGACUUAUCAGUAUCAUAUCGACUGCUUGAUAUCACAGGCUUAUCGUGGAGAGUUAGACAUGACUAUGCGUCAUAAAGUCAUAUGCUAGUAGCGAGAAGGAAAAGAUAAAAAUGCCUCUAACAAUUGGGGGCUGUAGCAGAUAAAAAAAAAAGACCAGUUCUCCUUGCGCCUCCCUCUCUAAUGCACACCAUGCGUGUAACGUUCAAGUCUCAAAGGCGGUUGCCGUCAUAACCGUAGCUGCCCCCCUUCUUCUCCCUUUGGAUAGGAAAUGAGCUUUCCUCUCUUUCGCCAUCGGCGGCUGAACAAGGAUACCAAGGACUCGCUCAUCACGGAACAGCAGUCGAAUCAGUGUGCGACUCCCCUCUCAUACCCUUGGUUAGUAUUCCCACAAACGCUCAAUAGAGCAAUGUGCACACUUCUGGGAUGCUUUCCUCAGGCUGAGCCUGCAUUACCUCAGGAUGAUCCUAAGCAUCCUGAGCUUGCUCGGCGAGAAGGCUGGCUACGCGAUUCUCUUCGAACCAGGCCUCUUCGGGCUCAGCGCCUCCUACACCGCCAGUCUGUGGUUUCUUAACGCCAAUGACUUCGAGGCCUGCACCGAUAAUAUUCAUGCGCCGUAGCCGCUCUUUUGCUUCCAGCUCGUAUUUCCGUGCCACAUGGAGUGCAUUUGUCUGUACCACUAGCCGUGGAUCAGAGGAUACGGCCACUAGAAGCUUGUUUCUGGCAUCUAUUCGGGCUUUCAAAGACCCGUCUCGAAUCAUCCUGAUGAGCUCUGGCUCAACGGACUGACCGGGCUUUCCAAACGCAGCGUCCAAGCUGUCCAGCGUGACGCACGAGAAGGGUAUAAAGUAUUGGACAAUGCACUUUUCGCGGAUCAAGGAAUAAAUUGCGGGGAUAUGUGGUUGUAGGUAAAUGUCGAGUAGAUAGUCUGCCCGCGUAGACUCCAAGAUGGAAAGGCAAGUCGAGUAUCUGCCGUUAACAAACAAACUAAUCGCCUUUCGAAUGUGCGGCUCGUG